AUGCCAACCAUCGACAAGAACGCUGAAGCUGUCAAAUCCUUCACCAAAGGCUUCACGACGUUGUUCGACCAGCUUGUGAAAGCGGGCGGCUCCGAAGACUUUGGUGAGAUCACACCCAAUACCACUUCUUUCUCAGUGGUCUUGUUCUCGGGCUCAGAUGGGGCCGAAGAGGACCCCGUGUUUUUUGAGUAUCAUUACGUAGCCCCCGAAGCCCCGCAGAACUCGACACUAAAUUCCAACACGAUGCUUCCUCUGGGUACUCUCACUCAACUGUUCACCGUCUACGCAUGGCUUGUGGAGCUUGGGGAUGAGCAAUGGGGGAAGCCCAUCACAGAGUAUCUGCCAGAGCUCAACCGUGUUUCCAAGGGCGAGAUGAAGGUUCAGUGGGAUGAUAUCACUGUCGGGUCACUGGCAGGUCAGAUGUCUGGACUGGCGAGAGAAUCUUACAGUUGUGUUCUGAGCAAGUCUUGUGGUCGCGAUGAGUUCAUCGACAAUUUCGGUAGUCAACCGCCACUUUUCCUACCUGACACUACGCCCAUUAUCUCAAACGCUGCUUUCCAGCUCCUCGCCCUGGCAUUGGAGGCAAACAAACUUGAAGGUAGCGGAAACACGACAUUCGACAGCAUUCUGGCGACUGGUGUUUUUGGACCCCUCAACAUGAUGAACAGCGGUCUUCUAUCAUCACUGCAGGAUGCUAAGGUGUUUGCUCGAGAUCUGAACGUAUCAGCUAUCGGAGAACCAGCCAGCGCUCUCUCAAUGAUUUCCACUACCUCGGACCUUGCACGCGCAGGUCACGCUAUGCUCAGUUCCCGUCUCGUAUCACCAGCCACCACUCGCCGCUGGCUGCAGCCCGUUGCCGAUACAUCAAACCUUCGCAACAGCGUCGGUAGGCCCUGGGAGAUUUACCACGCUGGUCAAUAUGCGAACAGCUCCGUUCUCGAUGUCUUCACCAAGACCGGCCUGAUUGGACACUACGCGAGCUACUUUGGCUUAGCCCCUGACUUCAAUGCCGGCUUCACCAUCCUCGCGCACGAUACUGAAGCAGCCCGCGGCCCGGAUCUAAAUGUUUACGCUGACAUCGUCUCUCUGGCGAUUGUGCAGCUCCAAAGGCUUGCCGCUACUGAGGCGACGGCGCGGUAUGUUGGCACGUUUGGGGGAUCUGAGGGCGUUGCCGCUUUCAAUACCUCGCGUGACGGGCCUGGGCUGCUUGUUACGACCUUAGAAGCUGGAGAGAUCAACCUCCGCGCCCAGAUUGCAGAGUCUGCAGGCAUCAAGCUGGAGGACCUGGACUUCCGUUUGUAUCCAAGUAACGUUGGUACAAAGACCCAACACCAAUUUGUCGCGGUUUUUCAAGACAAGAGUGCCCCAGUCGACAUGGGCACGCCGACCUGCAUUACUUGGCAGGACGUUGACUCUCUGGGGUCAAGUGUGGACGUUCGAGUGGUGUUCACAAUUGAUGCAUUUGGCAAGGCUAUCAAUGUUACUCUGAACGGUGGUUCCCUGUCAUUAGGUAGAUCAGCUUGA